AUGACCGGCGCCGGGUCAAUCAAUAGCAUAGGUCUCGCGUGCUUGUUCGACGCGCACGCGCUUCGAUGGAGGCUCGUGAAGCUGCGACAAGGAGGGCCAGGUGGAAACGGUGACCGGGACGCGCGCACCCCGCGCAGCAGGUGCCAUGAGUGCUUGGAAGAGCCGCGCUGGUCGUCGCGGGAGAGACUGUGGACCACGGACGACCCGCCGCGCCUUGACGCGGAUGACCCGCCGGGCCUUAAAAUCGACGACCCGCCGCGCCGUCACGCGGACGACCCGCGACGCGCGGAGACCUGGGCAAGAGGUUCUGACUCCUCCCCCUCCGACCCGCCACCUUCGCCCUCGCCACCACCGCCUGCACUCGCAGGUGCAGCCGAGGCAGAGGCGCGAACAGCAGCAGCAGCAGCGGAAGCAGCAGGAGAGGGAAGGCAUGCAGCGCCAUUCUUAGUGGAUGAGCUGAUGGGCAUGGAGCAGCUGAGCCGCGUGACGGUGAUACACGACGUGGGCUACUAUCACUGCAGCCACUGCGACGACCCCGAAUCGUCUCGCUCCCUAAUCGACACGGAUUAUGUCUCGCCCCUUCCGCUCCCGGAUGCCUUGCGCUCGCGUCUCGAGCAGCUGUCGCGACGCCCGCAGCACGUGAGCGCGCUUCACAUGCCCGUGACUGUCGACUACUGCUCAGGCCGGGUGUGGCAGAUUAGGGAAAUGAUGGGCUUGGCGCGCUCAUGCGUGAACCUGCGGUCGCUGCACCUUGUCUCUGAGCCGCCCAGAUACGCCUCGUGCCCGAUCCAUCUGGAAAAGCACAGCGUUUGGGGAUGGAAGGAUCAAGCUCAGGCGGAGCAGAUGAGGCAGCUUAUAACGAGUUGUCCGCAUCUACGCUCACUGCACUUCAGCCUCUGUGGCAACAACUACCUCACAAUGAGUGAAGAAGUAGCUGCCCUGCUCUCCCGUCUCGCCCACCUCUCCCUGCCUCUCUCCGACCUCCCGCCUUACCUCCUUUCCCACCUCUCCUCCCUCCGCUCCCUCCGCCUCUCCUUCUCUGCUCCCCACCAUCCCCUCCUCCUCUCCGGUCGCCCUUUCCACUCACUCUCCCUCCUCUCCCUCCUCCACCUCUCACUUGGAACCCCCACCACCGGCCUUUCCGAGCCUCUCUCGCCGGACCUGUUUGCUGGGCUCGGACCGAGCCUGCGGUCCUUGACGUUUUUAGUGUGUGCGAAGCCAAAAGGAGAUGAAGGGGAGAGGAGAAAAAUGUGUGGUGGGAAGGCGCAGGGUGGAAGGGAUGGGGGAGAUAACGGCAAGCAGAAGGGAGGAGGAAGAGGAGAGGAGGAGGGAGGCGGAUGGGUGGGCGAUGGGUGGGCUGGGGAGGACUCGGUGGUGGGGUGGCUGCCUGCCUCGCUGUGGUCGCUCACGCGCCUGCAGCAGCUCACCACCAACGUGGGAGGCGAGUGGCACUGCACGGGCCUCAACGCCCUCUUCUCCCCCCACGAUUCUAUCUCACCUUCCUGCCACUGCUGCUGUUCCUCCUCAUCCUCCUCCUGCAGCGACGAUUCCACACACCCCCACCAGAGCCACCGUCAGUGCCUAGCCUCCCUCCCCAACCUGACCUCUCUCUCCCUCCUCGCUCACCGCACCUUCCCUCCCUGCCUGUCCUCCCUCUCCUCCCUCACUCUCCUCUCCAUCCCCCUCGCCUCCCCUCUCCACUCCCCCGCUUCUCUCGCCCUCUUCGCCCACUGGCCCCGUUUGUCUCAUCUGCACGUCAAUGGUGAGGGUCCUGCCGAACCAACCUUCUGCCACACCAAACCUGCAACCCGCCACACCGAUUACUUGCCCGGAAAAAACACUUCGUCAGCCUCCCUCCGCCACGUCACUCUCACGGGGACAGCUGGCGUCAUCCCAUUGGCGGUGUGGGGGCGGCUGUGCCCUCAGCUGCAAUCGCUCAAAAUCCAAGGCUCUCCUUUCGUGGCUGUCCAAGGAUGGGGGGAGGCAUCGGAGGAGGCGAGGGGGGAGGGGAAUGUGGGGCAGGGCGCAUGUGGUGAGAUAGAGUGCGAAUAUGGUGAGGGUGGGGGCGCAUGUGGUGGAAGGGAGGGCGCAUGUGGUGGAAGGGAGGGCGCAUGUGGUGGAAGGGAGGGCGCAUGUGGUACAGCGGAUAAGCUACUUGCGUGCUUCUUUCCUUUUCUUGAGGAGCUUGUGCUGCUCAAUGUGAGAAGCCAUGCAUGUUCUUCUCACUCAGGGCAAGAGCACUCAAGACCAGAUGACACUGGCCCGCAGAAGCAGCAGCAUCAGACUCUAGCAUUCAUGGGCGAGCUGCCGCGCCUGACCCACUUGGCCAUCCAAGACUCCCCAUGGCCGUCCCACCCGCCCAUGCACGCACCCACCAUCCUGCCGCACCUCCUCCCCAACCUCACCUUCCUCCGCAUCCACUCCCCCCCACGUGCCCCCCUGCCCGUGCUGCCCCACCUGCGCACGCUCAUAGUGGGGUCCUACCCGCACUCCUCGCGCUUCCUCGCCUCGCUCGCCCUCUUCCCCGCCCUCACUGCCCUCCGCAUCUUCAACCUCUCCACGCACAACCACCACUCCGCCCUCUCCUGCCCUCCCCACCUCACAUCGCUCCAAAUCUGCCACUCCCACACUCCCCUCCUCCCCGACUGCCUCCGCCUCUUCUCCUCCCUCACUCGCCUCCACCUCUUCCAGUGUACCCCGCUCCGCGCCCUCCCCUCCUUCCUCUCCUCCUUCUCCUCCCUCACCCACUUCUCCUUUGAUCGUCCUUACAACCCUGUUGUGGUGCCUAGUCCUGUGGAGCUGGCGAGAGUGAGACUGGUGUGCCGCGAGUGGCACCACUGGUGCCGCCUCCACACCUCCUGCUUCGCCCUCGCCCUCCACCCCCUCACGCUCGCCUGGCUGCCCGUCCCCCUGCUCCACCCCCCUCCCUCCACUUCUUCCUCCUCCAAGCCUGAUUGCAGCAGGACAAGCCACCACGAGACGAGAGAAGCAGCAGGUUUCAACGGUCCCUCUCUCUUCUCCUCCGCGUGGCUCCCCUCCGACUCUCCCUUCUGGGUCAUCCACUCCUCCCCCACCUCCCCCUUCUCCCUGCUCCCCUCAUCCCGCCCUCCCUUCACCCUCGCCCCUCACAUCACCCCCUCCUCCCUCUCCUCCUGCUUCACCCACUUUAUAAACAACGAGGAACAACUCUCCCCCGUCUGGUUCGCAUCGCUCCCCUCCCCCUCCUCCCUCGCCCACACCCUUGCCCACUACCCCUCUCUCUCUACGCUCGCCCUUCCCCUCGUCUCCACCACGGCCUGCCCCCUCCGCCCCUCCCAUCUGCGCUCGCUGCUCGCUGCUGCUGCCGCCCUCCCUGCUCUCACCUCCCUCUCCUUGCUCCUAGAGCCUGGCUUCUUACCAGAAUACAGGUGCGGAUAUGGGCGGCAGGACUGGCAGGACGACUGGUGGGAGGCUGCUGGAGUGGAGGCGAACCAGGAGAUGGAGAGGGGGCUGUUUGCCGUGCUGAAGAGAUGCCGGGGACUCAAGCAGCUGCACCUUCAAGGGGAGACCCUCACAAACCACCUCAAACUCCCCGACUCUCUCUUCCUGCGCUGCCCACAACUCACCGCUCUCUCCCUCCCUCUCUCCCGCCUCCCCUCCUCCCUCCUCCUCCUCUCGCGCCUCACCUCCCUCGCCCUCGCCCUCCCAGCAGACCCCAUGCCGCCCCGCCUCUCCCUCCCCUCCCCCUUCGCCCACCUCCGCUCCCUCCGCUCGCUCUCCCUGCACGUGCCAAGCACCCUCCACCGCUACUACCUCCCUGAGGAAGGCAGCAGCUGGAGCAGCGUCUCUGACAACCUGCUGCUGGGUCUGCCCUCGUGCCUCUCCGCCCUCUCCCUGCACCUCCCCACCCCCACCAUGCCCUCUUCCGUCUCCUGCCUCACUUCCCUGACUCGCCUUGACACCAACCUCUGGAUUCCGGGACUGGAUGAUGAUGAAGAUGAGGAGGAAGAGGAGGAGGGGGUGGGAGAAGAGGAGGAACGGGAGGUUAUGGCAGAGGAAGCAAGAAAUGUGGGAGAGGAUGAGGGUGGGUGUGUAAUUGCUGAUGGGAAUGAUGGUGAUGGUGAUGAGGAGGAGGAGCAAAGCAACGGGUUUGCCAAUGCAGGUGUUGCCUCAAGAAUUAUUGAUGAGAGCCUCCUGCCUCUUUGCAACCUCACCUCCCUCUCUCUCUCCCACUACCGAUUCUUCCCUCCUCUCAUCCGCCACCUCACUCGCCUCAUCUCCCUCACCCUCCCAUCCUCCCACCGUGCAUACGAUUACGGAGACGACAACACCCCGUCCUGCUCUCUCCACUACGGCCUCUCUCGCCUCACUCGCCUGGAGGACCUCUUCCUCUGCUGCUCUGACUCAGCCUGCCUGCCCCGCCUGCCCCGUCUGCGUCGCCUGCGCGUGCAAUGCCCCGAUGAUAUCGUGGACGUCGCUCGGUUCAUUGCCCGCGUGGCACCAUCCCUGGAGCAGCUUGACAUCCGAGCCGACCGCUUCCGUUACUCCGAGGGAAAUCUUUGUGCGUGGCGCACAGACAGCGGUGAAUGGAGGGCGCCUGUGUUUCACAAGCUCAAGGUGCUGCAGCUGCUGGCCAACUCAGGCGACAUGGCACUCUUCCCUGCCCUGGAGCACAUGGCGCUAGCUGGCAAUCGCGAUGUGGCCUGGAAGGUGGAGAACGGCUUCUCUGCCAACCUCCGUUUCCUGCACUUGGACUGUGCAAAGCUGUCGGGAUUUGAAAGUGAACCUCAGCUGACGCAGCUGACGGCGCUCACCACUCUGGUGGUGGACAACGCUGACUGCCGGGACUUCCUUGCAUGCCUCUCCUGCUUCUCCUCGCUGCACACCCUCCGCCUCUCCAACAUCACCAGAGGCUGCUCCCAGCCCUAUCUCACCUGCCCGCCUCUCCUCUCCACGCUUCAAAUCUGCCGCUGCGACCUGCCGCACCUCCCAUCCUCACUGCUGAAAUUCUCCCGCCUCACUCGUCUUGACCUCCUCCACUGGCGCCGCUUGCACUCUCUCCCGCCUUUCCUCUCCGCCUUCACGUCGCUCCGCCAUUUCAGAGUUAGCUGCGAUGGGCCCAUGCCCCACGUGCCCCAGUGCCUGAAAUACUUUCUCAACGGCAAGCAAUGGUACGAGCAUUCGGCCUGUGAUGGGAGCUUUGACAGCUGA